GGAAUAAACUGAAGUGAAAAACAAGUGACUGGAACAGAAAUUAAGGAACAAUUUGAAGAAAAAGAUUAAUUUCCUAACAAGAUCAAGUUUGAUUUAAAUGGCUGAUAAACAGAUCAGUUUACCUGCCAAGCUGAUCAAUGGAGGGAUUGCUGGACUGAUUGGAGUCACCUGUGUAUUUCCCAUUGACCUGGCAAAAACUCGCCUGCAGAACCAGCAGAAUGGCCAGCGGAUGUACACCAGCAUGUCUGACUGCCUCAUUAAAACAAUUCGGUUGGAAGGCUACUUUGGCAUGUACAGAGGGGCUGCAGUCAACCUGACUCUAGUGACACCAGAAAAGGCUAUCAAACUGGCAGCCAAUGACUUCUUCCGGCAUCACCUCUCCAAAGACGGGAAGAAGCUGACACUGCUGAAGGAGAUGCUGGCAGGCUGUGGUGCAGGUACCUGCCAGGUGAUUGUCACCACUCCCAUGGAGAUGCUCAAAAUCCAGCUGCAGGAUGCAGGACGAAUUGCAGCACAAAAGAAGCUGAUGGCAGCACAGGCCCAGCUCUCCUCUUCCUCUGCGGUGGGGGCAGCGGAGCCAGCAGUGGAAACACGCACCACAGCAACACAGAUAACCAGGGAGCUGCUGAGGAGCAAAGGCAUCGCAGGACUCUACAAGGGCCUGGGAGCCACGCUGCUGAGGGAUGUCCCGUUCUCCAUUGUUUACUUCCCGCUGUUUGCAAACCUGAACAAGCUGGGCCAGAAAGAUGCCAAUGUCAAGGCUCCAUUCUAUGUGUCCUUCCUCUCCGGGUGUGUGGCUGGCAGUACGGCUGCAGUGGUUGUCAAUCCUUGUGAUGUGAUCAAAACACGGCUGCAGUCCUUGCAGAGAGGAGUGAAUGAGGACACCUACUCAGGAAUCCUGGACUGCACUAAGAAGAUCUGGCAGAAGGAAGGGCCCAUGGCUUUCCUGAAAGGGGCGUACUGCCGAGCCCUGGUCAUUGCUCCUCUCUUUGGCAUCGCACAAGUUGUCUACUUCAUUGGUAUUGCAGAGUUCCUGCUAGACAUGCUUCCCAAGCACCGGGCCUAGUCCAGCACACCUGUGUGUGCCCCUUGCACCUUCUUCAGCACUGAAUUCAUCCCCAUAUUCAUCAUCAAUGUCGACUGAAGUCAGAGGAACAGCACAAAGGGUUCGUGCAGGGAUGCUGAGGGGAUUUAGUCUCCAGACAAGCAAAUGUAGGGAGGGAGAGAGUCCCUUUUCUGUCUUGGUCUGGAACCUGCUCCCUCCUGCUCCUUCCACGGACAAUACCUAAUUAUGCAUA